AUGAACACCAUUCCAGUGUUUUAUGGUCGGACGUACCCGACACAGACACCCCAGCUCAUGUGGGAGGCGACUCAGACGCUUCAGAACUUGCUGGACGAUCAGAGCAGAGAUAUGCACCGCUCGUCGGAACUCGCCAUGUCGCUGCGCGAGGUACUGGAGAGAAAUCGAGAGAUUUACAACAAAAUCAUCGACGAACGCGACGCUGCCUAUCGCCGCUUGCAGAGCGCAGGCGCGACAUUGCAGCAGGUGGAGAACAUCGUGCGCCGCUACGCCGAGGUGAAGGACCCGGUGGUGGCCAGCGACGGCUACACCUACGAGCGCACCGACCUCACUCGCUACCUAAGCGACUGCAGAAAGUCAAACAGCAAGGCUUACUCGCAGCAAACCAAGGAGGAGCUGACGGACGUGAUAGUGGACAACAUCUCGCUGCGCCGUCUGGCAGAGCUGCUGAAGGGUGUGCAUACGGUGGAGGUACCGCAACUGUCGAACCGUGCGCCGCUGGUGGGAAGCUGCGUCGACAGCAAUGGGCCUCACUCUCACUGGGCCGGGGAAGGUUCGUCGGUGUGCAAUAUGCAUCACACUGAGAUGGGUUCCGGCCCCGGCGGGCUCGCGGGUGGCGCUAGCGGCCGUGGCGAGAUUGAGACAACAAUGACCCCCACUUACACUGGCCCACGUUAUGAUCGAAGUGGCGGUGCCAAGUACAGCAAGCCGAGCAACAACAACGAGGGCACGGGCAGGUUGCACCCGUGCCUGCGCGUGUACGGCCUCUGCAACUUCGAGGGCGACUGCACGUUCGCCAACUACCCCUACGAGGCGUGCCUGAACCACAUAAAGGGCAAGUGUCGAUUUGGCUCUACCUGCAAGGAGCUGCACGUUGACCCCCGCAACCCCGUCUACCAGAACCCUCGCAGCUUCGCCAACCAUCAGCACCACCAGUGUGGCAACCAUGCCAACAAUAACAACAUCCACAGCAGGGCGGCUGGCUGUGCAAACAACGCGAACAGAAGCCAGACAGCGGAUGCUGGCGCGGAGGCGUCAAGGCAAAGCGGGAGCAAACCCCCGGAGUAUGUAUCGGACGUGGAAGCGGCGGCUGUAGAGGCCACAGAAGACGUUGCGCCGCGGGAAAUCAGGAAGCCCUCUUAUGCUUCCGCUAUAGGUGCCGCAACAGACAAAGACUAA